AUGACUUCCCGAUCCGCUAGCCCCCAUCGUUCCGCCGAGAACCUUGCUUCGAUCCUCAACCUUCGCCAUAACGGCGAGACCGAGGAAUAUGACCAUUCACAGGUAACAAGUCGGGGUGCUCCUGCUCGUCACUCUCGACGUCAGAGGUCAGAAUAUCGCUCUUGGGAUCGUGCAAGCGAUACACCUGCAGGUGGAACUACAGGUUCUAAGAACAGGUCCAAAUCUAGACAUUGA